AUGUCUAAUGCAUUUCUGUUUCCUCAUUUUCCUGGCUCUCCUGACAAAGAAGACAGUUGCAGGAAAGCAAGAACAGAGCGUGGAAGAGGAAGGUUAAAACCACGGCAUAAGUUUACCAAGGAUGACCUGAAGAUACUUCAACAAUUAUUUGAACAGAAUCGUUAUCCAGAUUUCACAACCAAGGAAAAUCUGGCACAGGAGUGCAGGUGCACAGUGUAUGUGAUUGAAAACUGGUUUCAGAAUAGAAGAGCAAGGCUAUCAAAAUUUAGAGACAAAAGUUUUGACACCGGGAGAAUGCACAAGAGCCAAGACUACAUGCUUACAGGACACCAAGAUACCCAGGUCUCCCUGUCUAUUCUGUGGAGCCCCAGAAAGCUGCUGGUGAAUGCUAUGGUCCAAAGCAAUAAAAUGAGAUCAAGUGGAGCUGUGUGCUAUCAAGGUACCAGUGAAAGUGGAUCUUCUUUCAACUGCAAACCAACAAACUUUACUCCUCCCCCUAUGUGUGAGCAGUGUUAUAAGGGUGACUGACCUGAGAUACAAGAAAACCAGUGUUCUCUGUCUUUGGCUGUUCCUGGUGUGCAGAGGCAGAUGGAUGAUGGCAACUAUUCCUCGCUGUUCCCAGAACAGCAGCUGAAUAAUUGCAGAGAACAGCAACAGCUGCAGCGGCCCCAGAGCUACCAAGAGACAUCCUUUGCAGACCGGCUCAUCCUACAACAGGGUCAUAGGGACUUAGGGUAGCGAGUGCCCUUAUUGCUCUCAGGGUAUCAGGACAAAUUUGGUCCAAGUAACAGAGGAGCAUCAGGCUCUCAGAUGCAGCCUGCACCUCUGCAAGUUGCAGUCAGAUCACCAAUGCUUCUUUGGCUAGUUGGGCAACAAGGGGCUGACAAUAGCUAUGUAUACUGCCCUGCAGGAGAAGAGUCCUAUCAAAACACACCUGCAGGCUCCUCAAGGCUGUGCUGGGACUAGCCUGCAAUCCAUGAGUUGCAAGAAUUUAGGGAGCAGCGUGGGGGCUAAGGUGGAGUCCAGGAGUCUUACA